CUCCUAGCAGCCGGAGUGGAAAACUUUUGAGUUUGUUCUAGCUAUACAGCAACAGGCCUUUAGUGCUGGAAUUGCUAUAACACCUUUACCGACCAGAAUUUGAGGAGUAUCAAUUUACCUGUGAUUAUUUCCAUUAGACUAUUUCAUACGCCACUUGUGUCGAGUGUUGUAAGCGGUAUAGCAAAGUGACUUCAUUCAAAUUGGGACUGAAAGCUUUCAAGUGACUUAUUAUUUUUUAUCGCAACAACAAUAACGUGUUAUACUGUGGGGAAAUCGUAAAAAUGUUCGUUUAGUAAUUUCUAUGCAGUUUCGGAAACGAUCGUGUAGAAAAAUCCGCCUAUUAAGACUGUGAUGAAAAACUUUGCAGUCAUGAGUAUGACUGGACGUUGUAUUCACAAAGGUGGCUGGAAAGGUUUUCUAUACCUAAUGAUAUUCAUAUUGAUAUCGGGAAACUUACUUGUCAGUCAAAAUUUCUUGCUCAUUUUGACUAGCGAUGGUGGCCAGAACAGCAUUUAUUCCCGCCAUUAUGGAAUGAAAUUAGCUGCUGGGUCAAGUGCUUGGUCAAAUAAUUUUGUGGAACGUAGUGAUAAACGUCAGGAAGAUAAACCGCUCAAUCUAUCAUAUUCUUCAUUCGUAAUCUCUGAAAAGCACAAGAUUUCAAAAAGUCAAAAUCCGACAGGUUUUUUAUUAAACGAUCACACUGUUACAGUUGGACAUGUUGUUAGAAAUUAUGACACUAGAAGAAAAGAAGAAGUAAUUGAAAAGAGUCGAAUAAAAGAAAAUAAUCGCAGAUACCUCCUGCGGUCUGAGCACAUCCGGAACGUUUGUAAAAGUAGAGUCGUUGUCUCUAACCCACCUGUCUUCACAAUUAGCAAGAAGAGGCGUCUCGUUCAUUCACCUUUAGCGGCCAAUGCUCCAGUUCCGGUUCAAGUGGAGAACCCAGUCACAUCCCAUUUUUCAUUAGCACCAUCAUUUCGUACAAUGGGCUGCUUUCUCAACAAAGUAGCCUCAUCAUCUUUAGUUUCGGCCUUCCUUUUAGUACGUGGACUUGCUCCUUCCUUGUCCAGUCCACAUCGCUUCUCAGGUCAUCUUCUUCCCAAGUCUCUCGAGGAAUUCAAGUUUGCCAACGAAACCUACUUUAAAUUCAUGUUCGUUCGCCAUCCAAUGGAUAGAAUGCUCUCCUGCUAUCUUGAUAAAAUGAUUAACAGCCAACAUCACAGUCUCCCUGCUUUCCGCGCAUUCGUUAAAAACAGGGCAAAUGAAAUCAUAAGAAAUCAGCAUGGCAGAAACAAUAAACCUCAGCGUCGAAGUCUUUUGUGGGCGUCAAAAGGCCCUUCUUUGAUUUGGAACCAACUAAAAUCCAAAGUUGUUUAUCGAUUCCAAGAAGAGACAGGAUUUCUCGGGAUAACUUCUGACGCGCAAGACACGGCAAUAAAUAAAAAGCAAUUGCACCCAAUCACCACAUUCAGCCAACGUACGAAAACAAGUGCAUCAAUGAAUAUGAUCAACACAACAGAAAGCAAACCUACGUUUGAAGAAUUCCUUGAAUUUGUUUUAGACACUGAUUUACAAGGCAUUGGAUAUGACUCGCAUUGGGUCCCGUUCCAUCGAUAUUGCAGCCCGUGCAGCGUUUCCUAUGACGUUAUUGGUAAAUUAGAAACGGCUUUCGACGAUUUUCAGUAUAUCUGGGAGACGACUGGAUUGGGGGCAAAAGUUCCUGUUCCAUGGAUAAAUCGUAAGACCUUCCCGUCAAAGUCUAAGAUUGCGCUGGAGAAAAAAUAUUACGCAUCGCUGCCAAGAAAACUAAUUCUCCGUUUUUAUGACGCCUUCCGAAUGGAUUUCGAGCUUUUUGAUUACAGCAUUAACGAAGUUCUCAUCAAAGCCGGAUAUGAGACUGUGUAACAAAGAGUAAGAACUUUACGAGCCAUCAGUGUUAUUAAAUUUUAAAUUGUUUAAAUUUUAAUACCAACUAUUUCGUUUUCUUUUUUCUGAGCUACCAAUGUAGCUAAUCUAUUGAUGUCCUUUGUUAUCACACAGAAAUCAGUGCAUAAAUAAUUUGAUAGAUUACCUUUCGCCAAACAAUUCUAAAAUUCAUCACAAUUGAGACGUCCGAUAAAUUAUUGUAUUUCAUCCACGUAGUAGAUUGCGUGUUUACCCAUGUUUGACCAGAGAAAGAAUGGAAAUCAUAGAAUCGUAACUUUCAAUACAACAAGCAUGCACAUA